AUGAAGAUUGUCGUCGUGCUUACUGCCCUUUGUGCCACCACCCUCGGUGAGAUCCCACUCCUUGGAUUCGGUGGAUUCGGUGGCUUUGGUUCUCUCAAUCUUGGACUCGGUCAUAUCGGCGUCAAGAAAAUCGAUCCUCUUUCCGACGCAGGCCAUGGUUUCGGCCACGACAGCUACAAACCAACGGGCUACGACAAGGCAAGUUCUUUCAAUGGUGGUUACAAGCCAAAGAACAGCUAUAAACCCAGUUAUAAUGGUGGUUACAAACCCCAAAUCCAUGCUAGCUACAAGCCCAGCGGCUACAAGAACCAGGGGUAUGGUAGUGACAACGACUACAAACCUCAGAGCUACAACCAUGGUUACAAAGGUGAGGGAUAUAACAACGACCACAAGCCAAGUAGCUACAACAACUACGACUAUAAGCCCCAGGGGUACAACAACGACCACAAGCCAAGCAGCUACAAUAGCUACGAUUACAAGCCUCAGGGAUACAACAACGACCACAAGCCUACCAGCUACAACAACUACGAUUACAAGCCCCAGGGAUACAACACCGACCACAAGCCAAGCAGCUACAACAACUACGAUUACAAGCCCCAGGGAUACAACACCGACCACAAGCCAAGCAGCUACACUUACGAUUACAAGCCCCAGGGGUACAACAAUGUCCACAAGCCUAGCAGCUACAAGAACUACGAUUAUAAACCUCAAGGGUACAACAACGACCACAAGCCUAGCAGCUACAACAGCCAUGAUUACAAGCCCCAGGGGUACAACAAUGUCCACAAGCCUAGCAGCUACAACAACUACGAUCACAAGCCCCAGAGGUACAACAAUGUCCACAAGCCAAGCAGCUACAACUAUAAGCCCCAAACCUACAACGGGGGUUACAAACCCAACAGCUACAACAACCACUUGGGCUACAACGCUAAGCUCCACAACGUCCACCCCGUGGUUGGAUACCUGUGA